CGCACAGUAUAAUACGUUAGAUUUGAGGUUAUUUCCUCAACAGCACAAACCUACAGCUACAUUCCGCUCGGUUGGCAUUCAUGAACUAAGCAAACUUACCACUUUUCUCCGGAAUCUGCCUGUUCGGCGUAAAGUACAGACAAAACAUGUCUUCUGCUGUUCAUGAAAACGUGAAGAAUUAUUAUGGCUCACGGCUGGAGACUUCGGAUGACUUGCAGACCAAUGCUGCAUGUGUCAUGCCCUCCAGACCUCUGCUCAAGAGUGCGUGUGAAGCCCUGAACCAAGUCCACCCAGAUGUUAGCAAGAGGUAUUUCGGCUGUGGGCUGGUGAUUCCAGAGAAGCUGGAAGGAUGUACGGUUCUUGAUCUGGGCAGUGGAUCGGGCAGAGACUGCUACGUCCUCAGUAAACUGGUGGGGGAGAGAGGUCGAGUCAUUGGGCUGGAUAUGACUGACGAGAUGAUAGUUGCCUCGCAAAAAUAUGUCCAGCACCAUCAGGAGAAAUUUGGAUACUCAAAACCAAACACAGAGUUUGUGAAAGGAUACAUGGAGAAGCUCAGUGAUGCAGGGAUGCAGAACAGCUCUUUGGAUGUAGUUGUGUCAAAUUGUGUUAUAUGUCUGUGCCCAGAUAAGAGAACUGUGAUAAGUGAAGCUUACAAAGUUCUGAAGGAGGGUGGAGAGUUGUACUAUAGUGACAUGUAUGCAAGCAAACUAGUUCCAGACUCUUUCAAGGAGGAUCCAGUUCUGUGGGGUGAGGGAAUGGCUGGUGCCCUCUACUGGCGGGAUCUCAUCUCUCUGAUGAAUGACAUUGGCUUCAGCACUCCACACCUGGUUGCAGGCAGUCACAUUGUUGUUCACAACCCAGAAAUUCAAAGAAAGACUGGUGAUGUUAAAUAUGCAUCUGGAACUUACCGGAUCUUUAAACUGCCUCAGAACUCCAUCAAGACCAGAGCGCUGGUCACAUAUAAAGGCACCGUGCCUGACUGUGCUGAAUGUUUUGAGUUUGAUGCCUCUCAUUCCUUUAAGACAAGUGUCCCAGUGGAGGUGGGUGCAGAGAUGGCUGCCAUCCUCCAGAACACCCGUUUCUCUACGGACUUCAAUAUUACAAUGUUAGACACUCCAGAUACAGACCAGAGCAGUUCUCCGCAGUAUUGCCACCUUAGCCCGUUCCAUCUGGCGGAUAAACUGGGGUCCUCAGUCAAACAGUGCUCAAAGACAGGACACUAAGGCAGCCGGCCCGGCGGUGUUCAAGCGAAGCUCCUCAGACUUAGCACAUCUCUGCACAGAUGAGCUGAGAGGUCAACGAGUUUUUGGGCUGCCACAGCGAAUGCCAAGUACAACCAGACACACUCUAUUAGAUGCAUUAUAAAACUGUUGAAACUUUGUCUCUUUCUCUCGCUCUGCUUCUCUCUCACACACAGAAUGCAAAAGAAAUACACUCUUUUGUUACUUUCAAAAUGCUUUUGGCCAAACUUUGUUCAAUAAAGGAAUAAAAGGUGAAUUACUUUA